AUGGCUGUCUCGAACCCGUCUACUGCUCUCGCUUCUUCCUGGUUCGACGAGCAGUCGAUGCAGACCAUUCGCAACCGCGCUGCCCGCGAUGAGCAGCUGAACCGUAUCCAGAAGCAUCAGAAGGCGCUGCACACGGACUACUGGGGUCAGCCGAACGGCCGCAUCACCGGCGGUGUUCUGCAUCUCGCCUACCUCGCGGACGAGUCUGACCAGCUCGACCCGCCCUUCCCCGACCUCGUCAGGGCCGAGUACGAACGGAUCGAUGCUGCUCUCGAGGUCUAUGUCGGAGCGACUGGCCACACCGUCGGCGGCUUCCUCAUCUACGGACAGUCGGGCGCUGGCAAAUCUCGCUCCCUGCGGUACCUGAAGGCGCUCAAGUUUGAGCGCAAGGAGCCCGUCAUCGUGACCGAAACAGGUCGCGACGACUUUGACCUCUUCUGCGAGGAGGGCGCUUUCUUCGACAUUCCGCUCAACCUGCUCAAGACACGCGACAUCGUCCCGCUCCGACCCAUUCUUGUGCUCGUCGAUGUUGAUCCCUGCAGACCUGAGCAGCCAUUGCCACACGUCUUCAACCGCCGGAUCAAGAACAUCGUCACCUGCUUUGCGACCUCCCCAAGACAGGACAGGUAUCAAGGCCAGUUGCGCAAUUUCCUGAGGAUCGCCUUUUGGGUCAUCGAUCUCUGGCCUGACAACGAGCUCGAAGCCUUCACCGCUCAUUGCCAAGUCCCGAGCACUCGCUUUGCUUCCUCGCCUCGCGUGUACCUGACGCCGAAGGAGCGUCCCUCUUGCCCGGAGACACAUCUGCCGCCGUACUCCGAGGUCGUGCCGCCGCCACAACCGGAGGAUCUGGACAAGCUUUUCCAGCUUCCGAUGCGUCGUGUGACGCCGGGUAGCUCUGUCGCGCCGAGUUCGGCAUCAGAUGCAUCAGCCCAGACGGCGGGAGGGCCGACGCAAGCCGACGAGGCAACCAGGACGCACAUGCCUUCGCUCUUCCUCCCCGAAGUCAGUACAGCUCCCCCGUCCUACGCUCCAUCAAGCGGCAACUUUUAUACGUUCAACGACUACAUCCUCUACAUGGGUCGCACUGUUGGAGAUGCGUACAAGUACCUCAGCGACGGCAUGUACCGCAAGUCGUCGGAUCUGCGCCGGGACAUCUUUCCGACGCUUGACUUCCAUAGGACGCUAAACGUCCUGUAUGAAGCUCGGACGUACAAGCCGAGUGCGCCCGCAUGGAUCCUGGGCAUGCCGGUCGCCUUGCAGCCCCGAGGCUUCGACCUUGUGUUUCUCGAGGUGCCGACGCCGGGCGUGCCUCGUCCGAAUGCGGGCAUGCCAAACUCCACCGUCAUCCCUGCGUCGGCGGCGGUUCAGGAGUGGUUCCGCAAAGAGUUGGAAGCGGCGAAGUGA